GGUUGUGGUGUGUUUUUUUAUUUUGGCGCCGGGUGAUGUGGCCGGCCCCUGGCGCGAUGGCGAGGAAGCCCCGUUGACAAGGCACGCUUCAUGACGACAAGGAAGGUUAUGAUUUGGAGUUCUGGUUUUGAGGCUGAAUUAACUGAUCUCAGCUGGGGUAGUGGUGGGAUGACACCAGUCAAUUUCUACCCCAGCAUCAGCCAAUCUCUUCAAAGAGUUGUCAUGGAUGAUGAUGAUGACCGAGAUCUGCGAGAUGUUAUAGGUGAUGUUCAGGCAUUGAAUGAUUUCUUGCAUGGACCUGGGAGUGAAGCAUUAGAUGAGGAUGAAUUGCUUGGCUCAGCCUGCACUACUGCCAACUCAAAUUCACUUUUUGCAGACUUAACUAGCACUGACCCCGCUUCUACUAAAGAUGCAUGUAACCAUGUUGGAGAAGAAUCUAACCCAAGAUUACACUUAUCAAGCAAUCUUAAUGUUUUGGAAGAACUAGAUGCUUCUUCACCUCUCUCAAAUUUAAAUGGGGACCAGCCUUUUGAUAUUCUUCAGAAGUCUCUUCAAGAAGCCAAUAUUACACAGCAAACUUUGCAAGAAGAAGCUGAUUUGGCAGCCAGCUAUACUUCUACCCAGGAUUUUUCGCAAGCUCAGCUUCAUUCUACAGUGUCUACGUCUUUUUCUCAGUUACCUUCCUGCACUUCAGCUGUAACAGGCCUGGCACAACAAAUGAAUGUAACUCCUUCCAUUUUGCAACAGGUUGUGAGAGCUCCCUUUGUAAACAAUGAAGUUAGUGUACAGCCUAGCUUUUUUCAACAAAUGGGUAUCAAUAGCGUUGCUAUCCACCAUAUACCCAGCAGCAACCAAGCUGGUGGAAUUGGACCGAUUCAGCUAAUUGGUUCAUUAGACACUCAACAGUCUGUGAUGACUGUAAAUCACCUUGAAGGGUCUCAGUUUAUAUCAAAGGCCAGUGGGCAGCCAUCUGCUCUAAACUCUGUAUCUGUAGGUGGUUACAACAUGUCCUCUCUUUCACACCAGCAACAAAUGUCUUUGAACACAGCCAGCAUAAAUGAAAGUGGUGGAUUAUUACUUCAAAGGCGAGUAACACCACUUAAUGGGAACACUUUCCAUGGGGCCUCGAAUAUAGGCCAGGUAACGCAACCUCUGUCUGUUCAUUUCAGUGGUAAUAAUAUUCAAACAGCACUGCCUUUGCACAACAUUAUUAUUCAAAGAGGCCCUGCGCCAAACCUACCUAAAAUUCCUCUUAAUAUUCAGCCCAAGCCUAUUUCAAUGAAUCAGCAACAAACAGUUUACAACGUCAACAAUUUAGAAUUGCAAACAGCAAUUAAACUCCAAAAUGAUGGAGCCCUACAACAACAGCAACAACAAAUGCAGCAAGGCCUUCCCUUUAUGUCUACAAACUCUUCUCAAGGUUCAUCAGUGGGUCCUCCAAUGUCUGUCAAUAUUGUGAAACAGCAGGGAUCUAGGAAGUCUGGCCGGCCACAAGUUUUAAAUCAAACUGGAAGCAGUAUCAUUAUUCGCCCUCCCAUGGGUCAGCAUCAGCCUCUUGUGUCCCAGAAUCAAUUUUUUAUUCCUACCAGCUUAGCAUUAAAUAUGAACUCCACUGUUCAGCACCUCCAAACUCUACAAACAACUGCAAAUGGUCAGAUUCUUCAAACUCGAACAGUACCCACCCAACUCGUCUCCAGCCACGUAACUUCUGAGCAUAUUCUAACGAACCGGAACUCUGCAGGUAUGAUGGUGGCUACACAACCCUUUUCAGGCCAAUUUUUGAGUAAUCAGAAUUCUGCUGGACAAUUGACCUCUGGUCAAAGUGAACAGACAAUAAAUGCUCAAGGAGGACAACUAUUAAUAAACCAUGGUACGUCACAGCUUGUUGCUGGUCAGGUUCCAUUCCAACAGGCCUCACAGACUCUGUUUAAUGUAGCACCCACACCCGGCUCAAACAUCAAUGCAGAGUUAUUUAAGCAGUCUGGGCAAAGCUUGGUUCCAGGAAGAUCAUUGCAAAACCAAGUAACUGUCUUAAACACCCCAAGCUCAAUGGGUUCUAAAUACGUAUCUGCACUGCAGCCUGUGAUAUCAGGAGUAAGCAGUGGCAAUCAUGUGACCCAAACUACUGCAAACAGUAAUAUAGUAAUGGUUCGUCAAGGAGAGCAGUCUCUUGUAUCUGUACAAUCUGCACAACAGCCACAGGGUCAGUCACAGUUGGGUAUGAACCAUAUUUAUCGACUUUCCAAUCCAUAUCACCAAAGUACCAGUGUAGUGCAACCUUCACGACAGAUGGUAUUCAGCCGGACGGAGAUGCCAGUAACACAAACCUGCAAUCAGCAGCAAUUUCUUUACUCACAAUUUGAUGGCCAUAUUGGGGGACAGAAGAGACCUGCAUCAAAGCAACUUACUAAAGAAAGUUUGAUUCAUCAGCACUUACAAGAAGAACAGAAAAAUGUUCUGCAGCCAGAUUCCAAAACUCCAUUCAACUCACUAGAAGACGCCAUGCGACGACUUCUUCCAUAUCACGUUUUCCAGGGGUCACGACCUUCCCAAAUGGAAUUUCAAAAAGUGGAUUCUGAAUUUGAAGCUUUGUCAACACAGUUGCUGAAACACACUGAGGUGAUGCUCAGCAAAUAUAGAAGACUGUUAUUGGAUGAUGCCAUGCGGGUAAAUCCCUCUGCCGAGAUGGUGAUGAUUGACCGAGUGUUUAAUCAGGAUGAGAAAGCAUCCCUCAUCCAGGACAAGCGCUUAUCUGCGGAGGAUUCUGAUGGCUAUUUGGCAAACUUCUGUUGCUCCUCUGCUUUAUGUGUAAAAUCCACAGUUGAAACAGCAACAAUAGUUACAGACUUGUCUCCAAGCAGUGGCAGCAUCCAGUCCACGUCAGCGAACACUGUUCUCAGCCAAACGAGUGUAUCUUCAAGAUUGUCUCAUACAACUUCUUCUGCAGGAAGUGGGAUCAAAACAGCCACAAGCUCUCCCAGGCACAGUCCAUACUUUGCAAAAUCCUACAGCAGCAGUAGCCACAGCAAAGGACUCAAACUAACAAUCAAACAAGGGACAGUUUGUGGCAUUCCAACACAAAAUAAAUCUUUAAAAAGUCAAGAGCAGUCGGCUAUCAAAACUCAAGGUGGUAAAAUCACUGCUGUUCGCAAAUCUGGUCAUGUAGAUGCACAAAGCACGAAAGGAACAUUCGCAACUGAACCUGCUGUGAGAAUUGUACAAGUAUGUAUAGGAGAAGAAAACAGGACUGAUGUUGAGAAAAAGUGCAACAAUCCUUGUAAUGAAGUUACUGCAGGAGGUCUUAUAAAGGAAGUAAAGAAGCUUGUCUUUAAUCAAACUGGUAAUUCUAUUGAAUUGGAGCAUGUGCAGGGUGGCUCAGAUUUGCUUUGGCAUGAUCGGUCACAAGGUGAUGCUAAGAAUUCUCAACUGGAAGACUUUACUUCUGUGCAAACUAAAGAUGGAAAGGAAGUACAACAUGACACAUCACUCCAUGAGCAUUUGGAGUGUGCCAUUAAUAGCAUUUUGGAUUUACAACAAGUUCAGAAGCCUCCUGACAAUGCAGUCAUCAGAAAUAGUUCACCAGAUCUUGAAAUUCCCCAAUGUUCACCCGUAGCUCCUGUGGAGAACUAUUUAGAGAAACCUAUCCCAGACCAUAAUGAAGGUAUCAGAGAAACAGACUCUGUUUUAGAAGCAGCAGUAAAUAGCAUACUAGAAUGCUGAUAAUGUGAGCAUGCAGCAACAGAAAUGACAGAUUAUCAACUGCAUUCCCAACUUAGAGAGAUGAAACUGGAGAAAAGGAAGUAGCAUGUUACUCAGUUGUAUUACUGAGAGCGACUGGUUGGUACUCCUGGAGAGGAUGGUUGCAGUAAAGACAAGGAAAUUGAUUUAAUUUGAACCAUACUAGUUUGAACUUAGGGAAGGUAUAUGUAGCUUGUACUGUACUUUAGAAAUAAUUAUGGUGGCACAAGAUACAUAUUUAGUCUUCUUUAAAAAUAGUCAAGAAGAGAUAUUUAAUUUUAUUGAGUUUUUUAAAGCUCUGAAUUCAUGUAAAAGGCACUCUGCUGAAUUUAAGAGUGCUUUUGAGUUUGUGGUAGUAAUUUGUGUUUUUAUUUGUAAUUUAAUGUGAAAGUGUUGUUUUCUAGUUUUUUUGUUUUAUGUAAAACAUUGAGAAUUGAGUGCCAAUAAGUUAAUUUUUGAAUAGUGGAGAGCAACAUUCCCAUUUAAAUCAAAACAUAAAGCUGUAACUGUUGAUACUGAAAUGGCAGACCGCUAUAAUUUUGCAUUGUCCCUUUAUUUAAAUCCCACUAAGUAUGAAUGCUUUGAGCCUUUUAAGGCCUGAACAGAAAUACAGUGUGGAUGGUCCCAGUGUGACCCAUUAAUUUCUGGAUCUAAAAAAUGGUGAUUGUAUUCCCAUUUUGCAGACCUGUAUUAUUAUUUUGUCUUGCACAUUUAGCAGUAAGUCCCAGUACAUAAGUGAAGAGCACAACAAAUACCUUGAUCAGUGAGGCCUUACAAAUUGACUUCACAAGAAAAGAUAGGAGGAGAAUUUCACUUAUGGGCUCUAAGAUACAACUGUGGGGUUUUUUGCUUUAAAUUCUUUGAUUUUGUGUAGUAUUUAGAUCUGGUCCUCUUUAGAGAUGCUUUGUACACAUUUUUUAAAUAUUUAUAAAAGACUUUUGUAAAAAAAAUAUAGAAAUGUCAAAAGUUAUUUUUGUUAUUGUUGAUUCAGGAACUGUAUAUAAAGCAAGAAAAGCAUAAUUUGAAUGAAUUAUUAAGAGUAUUUUAGUUGGAUGCUAACAGAUCAAUGAAUCAACUUUUCAAAUGCAGCCAAAGAAUUCAACAAAA